GUUUGGAGGCGGUACGCCUCGUACCCAGUUCCCGCUCCACCGUUGCCCGCAACGCCACCACUGGCAGCAACACCGCCAACACUGGCAGCAGCACUGGUUACGCUGACAGCGCCACCACCACUGGCGCCAUCGCCAGAGGGAUUAAUAGCAGCAAGCCCACCAGGACCACUCCCAAGGGAAUGGUUUAUCUUGUCCCUUUUGCCUUUUUUACUCGACAAGUUGUGCCAAAGAAGGUGCAGCCAUCUGAUAUCAUUGUGUUUUGGAACGCCGGAUUUGUCGGCACCAAGCGCCUUUAUCUAUAUCCUUCAAAGGAUGCCUUUCUCGACUGUGAUCCCGACGUAGGUGGAAAGGUGCUGGCAAAAUUCACUUUCUUGGGCCAGGCAAUCCG